AUGGCUGCGAAUCCUGGAACCUCCGCAGUAGCUCCAGUGGCGACCACGCCGCCAGCUCAGCAGACACCGUCAGCGUCGCCAGGGUCAGCAACUCCAACAACCUCCUCAUCAUCAACGACAUCAGAAAGCUCCACAUCCAGCACCACGUCCACUACCACAUCGACAAGCACGUCUUCUUCGACAUCAGAAACUUCGUCAACUCCGCCGCCGCCAACGACGACGCCUACACCUGUUAUUACACAAGCCACAUCGAUGGUCACGUUAACUACGUCGAAUGGUGGCGCUCUGACGACUAUCAUCAUCACGUCGACCGCUUCACCAGAACCGACAGACACACAGUCGCGCAGUAACUCGGCGACAGCAACUGCAACAAGCGGAGCGGCCUUGCCUACAGUUUCGGAUGCCUCUCAGUCUUCCGGCGGGCUCUCGGCUGGUGGGACGAUAGCAGUCGCCGUGGUGGUGCCUGUUGCCUCUGUUACGCUUAUUAUCUGUGUUCUAAUUUGGUGGUGGAGAAAGCACAAGGCCAAGAAACUGGCUGAGGAGCAACGUCGGAAGGAAGUGGAGGAAUAUGGGUUCAACCCGAACAACGAUCCGACUCUGCCAGGCAUGGCCAGCACGUAUGGCGAGAGUGAGUCCAAUUCGGGAUAUCGAGGCUGGGGAACGACCUCCAACCCCCGCAAACCGUCCACCAAUCUUUCAAGCGGAGUUGGCUUGGCCAUGUCGGAGAAUGGAAGCGCAGGGUACCAUCACCAUGCCGCUUCUCCAAGCGACGGAACGGUGCAAUAUUCCGAUGGCCAAGGAAGACCCGAGUCUGGUGAUGCCGAUGCUCUGGCCGCGCUGGGGACUGGACCUGCUGCAUCGAACAAUCGGACUACCGAUAUUCACCGCGGCCCGUCGAAUGCGUCCUCCACGUAUUCGGCCGGCAACCACUCGGAGGGUUCGGAGGAUGGCCACAUGGCAAGUUCCCCUCCUGGCGCACACUAUUACGAUGAGGGGAACCCUUACUACAACGAUAUUCACGGCCAAGGUCCGUACGACCACGGAUAUGGAGGCGCACCCCCAGUCAUUCGGGAUGUUCAAGCACGGCGGAACACUCGGAUCGAAAACCCGACCAUCUUCCCCCAGCAAGGCAAUGCAGGUAUUGCUCAGAAUUUCUAG